UUCCUUCUUCCCUCGAGUUGGAAAAUGAGCUGGGUAUUCCUGCGUGACCUGCUGAGCGGAGUGAAUAAACACUUGACAGGGAUUGGGAGGGUCUGGGUAGCAGUCCUGUUCCUGCUCCGCUUACUGCUUUACAUCCUGGCUGCAGAAAACAUCUGGGGAGAUGAACAUGAAGAGUUUGAAUGCAACAUCCAGCAGCCUGGUUGUGAAAAUGUCUGCUUUGACCAUUUUUUUCCCAUCUCCCACAUCAGACUUUGGGCUCUGCAACUGAUUGUGGUCUCCACCCCUUCACUCCUGGUUGUGUUUCACGUCGCUUACCGAGAGAACAGAGACAAACACCACGGCCAGAAGCUUUACCAGAGGCCAGGAAAGAUAGAUGGAAGCUUGCUCUGCACUUACCUUAUCAGCCUUAUUUUAAAGGCAGGACUGGAGGUCGUUUUCCUGGUGCUGUUUUACAGGCUCUACAAUGGGUUCACAGUGCCACGUCUGGUCCAAUGCGACAUCCAACCGUGUCCCAGUACUGUAGACUGCUACAUUGCCAAAGCCACAGAGAAGAUGAUUUUCCUCUGCUUUCUAGUGGCAACUUCAUGCCUCUGCAUUGUAUUGAACCUGAGUGAAUUGAGUUACCUCAUUUGCAAGCACUCCAAAAAACGUUACCUCAAAAGGUACACCCAGAAACACGAAGGCUCCGAAAGAGAUUGCCGCAGCAGAGCAGCGGCUGCAGGACAACCCCGUGACAGCUCCCUGGGCUUGCCUCUGUGUGUACAAGAGAAAUGUGAAGAGAUCAGCCUUGACUUGAAAGAGAGUCCAAUCCCAGCUUUAGAGGUUGGAAGGGACCUCCAGAGAUCAUCAAGUCCACCUUGA